GUGCCUACCUGCUGGUGUGAGAUUGUAUGACUGAGUGUGAGAGACAGAGAGAGAAAGAGAGUGUGUGUGUGUGUGUGUAUGUAUGAAGUGUGCUGUGCUCGCCCUGUCAAUAACAUACCACCAAUGCGUUAAAUGCGAAGCGAUGGGAAUCUCGCAGUCAUGUAUCUGCGAAGAACCGUGUUAGCUUUGUUCGUGGUGACUGGAUUAAUAUCGCCGGGUGAUGCAGCUUUGAAGUGUAACUGUACUAACUGUGAAAAAAGUGGCUAUGAGUGUGAGACAGAUGGAGCCUGCAUGGCCUCCACCUCCUACAUUAAAGGCCAGGAGCAGCAUGUGCGCAUCUGUAUUCCACGUGAGAGUCUAAUUCCACCUGGUCAACCCAUCUACUGCCUGAGUGCUGAGGGAGUUCUCAACACACACUGCUGCUACACAGACUACUGUAACAGCAUCGACCUGCAGGUCCCUAAUGGAGUUCCUGAGCAUGAAAGCUGGUCAGGCCCAGCUGGUAGCUGGGGCCCAGUGGAGUUAGUAGCAGUCAUAGCAGGACCAGUCUUCGUUUUCUGCCUGUUGCUGAUCAUCGGUGUCUUCCUGUUCCAGCACCACCAGAGGAACUACAACCACAGGCAGAGGCUAGAUGUAGAAGAUCCCUCAUGUGACCAUCUUUACCUUGCCAAAGACAAAACCCUGCAAGACCUCAUAUUUGACUUGUCCACCUCUGGCUCUGGAUCUGGUCUACCUCUGUUUGUGCAGAGGACGGUGGCGAGGACCAUCGUGCUGCAGGAAAUUAUAGGAAAGGGGCGCUUCGGGGAGGUGUGGAGGGGUAAGUGGAGAGGAGGAGACGUGGCUGUGAAAAUCUUCUCUUCCAGAGAGGAACGCUCCUGGUUCCGUGAGGCUGAGAUCUACCAGACAAUCAUGCUCCGGCACGAAAACAUCUUGGGAUUCAUUGCAGCAGACAACAAAGGUAAGAGAUUGUAUGCAAUCUGCAGCUUUAAGCAAUGUCAAACAAGGUUAUCUGUAGUUUGUUCUGGUUUUCCCAAUUUUCUUUUCACUCUUCUAGACAAUGGCACGUGGACUCAGCUGUGGCUGGUUUCAGACUAUCAUGAAUAUGGCUCUCUGUUUGACUACCUGAACCACUACUCUGUCACCAUUGAAGGCAUGAUCAAGUUAUCUCUGUCAGCUGCUAGUGGUCUUGCCCACCUGCAUAUGGAGAUCCUUGGCACGCAGGGAAAGCCUGGCAUUGCACACAGAGACCUCAAAUCUAAAAAUAUCCUGGUAAAGAAGAAUGGCACAUGUGCUAUAGCGGACUUGGGCCUGGCCGUACGCCACGAGUCCGUCACCGAUACUAUUGACAUCGCCCCUAAUCAGAGGGUGGGCACCAAAAGAUAUAUGGCACCAGAGGUGUUGGAUGAAACUAUCAACAUGAAGCAUUUUGAUUCUUUUAAGUGUGCCGAUAUCUAUGCAUUAGGACUGGUGUACUGGGAGAUAGCAAGACGAUGCAACACUGGAGGCAUCCAUGAGGAGUACCAGCUGCCUUACUAUGACCUCGUGCCCUCUGACCCUUCCAUAGAGGAGAUGAGAAAGGUUGUGUGUGACCAGAGACUGCGGCCUAACGUGCCCAACUGGUGGCAGAGCUACGAGGCUUUGAGGGUGAUGGGGAAGAUCAUGCGCGAGUGCUGGUACUCUAACGGAGCAGCCAGACUCACGGCUCUGCGCAUCAAGAAGACACUCUCGCAGCUCAGCGUGCAGGAGGACGUUAAGAUGUGAUGCGCCCACGGGUUGCUGCUCCCCUUCCCAGACACGCACACUCGGAGUGACCAGACAGUUUUAUAACGUUGUGACAGGGACUACCUCACCUUUUUAGCCAAAACUACUGAGCUUAAGGCCACUCCAGCUGUUCUACAAUCCCACCAUGGGCUCCCAGUCCAGUCUGUAUGUGUCUGUCUUUAUCAAGUCGACUCUUCCCACCUCCGCUGCAUGGACUUUUUCAUUCUAAGGCAGGAUUAAUUCAUUAACUGUGAUAGGACACAGUGCUGGGAUGGGAUUUUUUUUUAUUUUAUUUUAUUUUAUUUUAAUGAAAAAGUCUUGGCUUGUUUGAAAAUGGACUAUUGUGUACUAAAGAGCAUGGUUGUAUAUGUGGUCUUACUUUGUGUGUCUUCUUUAUCCCUAUACAAUAUGCAGUAGUCUAAAUCAUAGCCUGUUCUCCACUGUGGUGUUGGGAUUGUGUUUCCUGAUUUUUAAUUUUUUUUUUUUUUUAAAUCUGCCUUUAGUAUAAAAAAAAAGCAUAAAGAAAUGGAGUCGUGAGACAGAUGUACAGUGGCGGUUAGAUUGCAGGAUCUAGACUUAGUUACUGUACAAAAAGGCAUGUUUCUUAUAAGCAUUAAGGUUUAUGUUCAGUUGACUGUUAACCAGGGAGUUUUUUUUUUGUUUGUUUGUUUUUUAUUUUUUAAAUCCCCUUCUUUAUAUGUAAUAUAGCUGUUCAGGACACUGUGAGAUUAGUGCUCAUUCAGGUUAUGGCCAUUAAUGAUAUUAAUAUGAUGUAUACACAAUAUAAUGCUGUGUAAACAUCAAAUUCAUGGCAAGAAAUGUAGCAGAAUUUCAUUGUUUUUCCCCCUCACAUUUCUGAGCAUGCACUAUACCCAAUUUGUCUUUUGUCGAUAGGAUUUUAUGAACUGCACUAUUGUUCCUUUGGGAAAGUGACAGAAGACGACCGUUCACACUACUAUAAGAAGCAUCCUGUAAAUGGUUCGUGUAAAAUAAUGCCUCGGUCUAUCUGCUUAUUUAUGAUGUAACGGUUAUAAUCUAUAACUUUCUAUGAUGUGUUUUCAUCACGUAUUUUAUCGUUUUUAAUUCAAUCGAAUGAGAAGGUACUACUGACUGCUCAGUUCCUUGCAUGAAUGAAAAUCUCUAAGCGUUUAGGUUUCGUAGUUCUGUUUAUGAACCGAGUAGCUUCAUAUGCUGGGGUCUGUCACAACGCUUUAUAUCUAAAUGCAGGAAUCGACACCUGGGCCCCAGUGUGAUUUUAUAGAAUUUGUGUGUCUGUGUGCGUGUCUUUUUAUUUUUAUGUGUUUUCAUUCCUCCCUGUCAAUCCAGGCUUUUUGUCUGGGCAGUUUGAAAGGUCUAUAACAGUUGAAUGAGCACAGUGGAUGAAUACACAGUUACAUAACGAAUCUCGUUAGUCUGGACUAGCAUAGAGUUUCCGAUUAUAGAUUAACACAAGGGUGUCAAAAGAAUCAGGCUAAAACAAACCUGUCCAGGAAUCUUGCUUAGUCUUAAACAGGGUGCUUGGAGAGAAAAGUGAACACUUACACUAUAUAACAUUUAAUAUUGUAAAGUCAGGAGGUUGUUAAUUAAGCAAGCUUUUUUUUGUUGCACCAAACUCAGUCUGGUAGUCAUUUCAUAAAGACAAAAGUACUGUAAAGAAAGAAAAGAACUGUAAAGUCUACUGUCAGUAAAUGUUAACUUUUUUUUUUUAAUCACUUGAUUGAACAAUCUACCUUAUUGCUUGCAUUGCAUUUGACUGGGCACUGGAAUCUUUUGACUAAUGUAAGGAAUAUGGACUUGUCACCACCUCUUUAUUUAUAACUCUGUGUUUUGCAUCUGUAAUUCGCUUUAGAUUUUGAGACUUACUGCAUAAUCUUACAUAGCAUAUGCCUACGACACAAGGAGGGAGGAUCACUGGAAAAAUCACACUGGUGUGUAGACUAACUGCCCUUGUUUGGUUUGUCACAAAGACUGGAUGCCUGUAAUUUAAACCAUGUGUUAAGCCCAUGUGAAAUAUAAAUUCCUUUGGGGAUUUGUUGAAAUUGUACAUAAUACAUUUUGUUUUCUUA